AUGCAGAUCGAUCCGGCAGCCUUGAGUCGGACAGACUCUGCAUCAACUGCGACAGCACCAUCCAAGACCGCAGCAGCUGGCCCUGUGACGACACAAAAGUCUACAAAGGCUUUGAUAUCAGUUCCGCGAUUGGAUCUUGAACCUAUCUACACGGAACUCAAAGCCGCUAUCGGUGAAAACUGGGCUGAGUACAAAGAAUCUACAACUCUAUUCCUUCUGGGACAUCUCAAUCAAAAUGAGCUCGCGUCGCGCGUUGAUCACAUCAUUUGCGCCGACCAGAAGACCGAACACCUACACAACAAUUUUAUCUGUGCGAUCAUAGGGAACCUCACAAGAGACCUCCCCGACCAUGGCGUGGCAAGUUGGGUGUCAGCGAACGACAAGCCGUCGGUCGUAUCGAAACCCUCCUCUGGAGAUGCCGCGGAGGCAAGGUUGAAGACAGAGGUUAUGCAAUUACCUCCCAGAGACCGUCGGCGAAUAAAAGCGAUUCCAGAGACCGUGCCCAAUGAAGUGGAAGAAUAUCAUCUCGCGAAACAGAUCAAGCUCCCUAGCCAAGUCCCGGCUAGUGCUGGGGGUUUGAAUAAAACAAAUUGGGAGUUAGAGAUUCGGAAACGCUACGCGCAACCCUUGGCAUCGGAAACUGGCGAGUUUCCAGACGCCGAAUCAAUACAUGCGCGAAUGAUACCGAUAUGCUAUGAGGAGUCUGUAGUUAGCGGUGCAGGCUUCCCGUGUGCUGAGUUUAUGGCGAUUGCAACAGAGACUUUCGUUAAGGAAGUACUAUCCGUGGUGUUUUCCCGUACCAGGUGCAAUGGCCCGUCUGGCACGAUCAAUGGCAUGAUGAUGCGCAAAUAUCGACAGCAACUUGAGCUAGAGGAGCUAGCCUAUACUCGCGGCGAGAUCGUUAAAGAUAGCGCGACUGGGCUUCUACCCGUUGAGGCCAAGGAAGCUAGGAAUCGGAAGCCUCUCGGGGUUCGCGAUCUUCGACUAGCACUGGAAAUUGGAGGAGGAGUACUCAGUCAUAUGCCUCUUAUUGUCGACCAUAUUAUGGGAGGUUAUUUCGACGAUGAAUUGGAGACCGACAAGCAAGACCAACUCGAUGAAGUUGCCGACACUGCCGAUAAUGACACGAGACCGAUCCAGUUCACAGAUGAAAUGGAAGUGGAGGACGAUGCAGAGUUGUUGGACUGGGAAGGAGCCGCCGCGGUAGACCGGGCUCAGUUGGGCUCGUUACUAGAUGAGUGCCUUUCCCUGGCCUCAUGA